AACGGUCGCUCCUACAGGAACCUUCCCAGCGGGAGCCCCUGCCUGCCCCAGAGCUCCCGCCCAUUGCCCAGGGGUUUCCUUCAGGGAGCGGAGGACCAUGUGAACCGCAUGCUUCCUUGCCAACAGGUUUCUUGUGUGAACACCAGGAAGGAAGGGACGUGUGUCUGUCCUCUCCCGCUGUGUCCUCGGGAUCCAAGCCAGGGCUGAGUGGACGGGGGGUGUGUGACCGAGUGGUCGUGCCCCUGGGUAAGCCACUGCCAUGUGGUUUUAAGCCAGUCAUUUACCUCUCCGGGCCUCGCCUUCCUCCACCUGGUCCUCGCCACCCAGCUUUGGGGAACUGGGCAAAUAAUGGCCGUAGAAACUGGGAGGAGUGAUCCAGCUCAUCUCCGAGCCUGGGCUGCCUCCUCCCUCCCAUUCACUCACCCCAGCGGGUCCCAGGCUUCCCUCACUCUCAGCCACCCACACAGCACCUCCUCCCGGCCCCACCUGCCUCCCUCCCAGUUGCCUGAGGUGGAGCAGCCAGCCUCCAGGACACCUCAGACGCCCAGGCAGCACACCAUGGGGGCGCUGCGGCCCUGGGCUCGAUAUGGGCUGCUGAUGGCGGCUCACCUGCUGGCUCUGGGCCUUGGGGCUGCGGUGCUCCAGGCCCUGGAGGGGCCCCCAGCACGCCGGCUCCAGGCCCAGCUCAGGGCCGAGCUGGCCACUUUCCAGGCGGAGUACGGGGCAUGCUUGCCAACCGGGGCCCUGGAGGAGCUGCUGGGCACCGCCCUGGCAGCCCAGGCCCAUGGGAUCUCCAGCCUGGGCAAUGUCUCAAAGGCUGGGAACUGGGAUCUGCCCUCAGCCCUGCUCUUCACCGCCAGCAUCCUCACCACCACGGGUUAUGGCCACAUGGCCCCACUAUCAGCAGGUGGAAAGGCCUUCUGUGUGGUCUACGCGGCCCUGGGGCUGCCAGCUUCCCUAGCCCUUGUGGCCACACUGCGCCACGGCCUGCUGCCUCUGCUCAGCUGCCCGGUGGCCUGGGCAGCUGUCCGCUGGCAGCUGACCCCAGCCGGGGCCGCGUUGCUGCAGGCACUUGGACUGGGCCUGCUAGUGGCUGGUACCUUCGUGCUGCUGCCAGCGCUGUUGCUAUGGGGUCUGCAGGGCAGCUACAGCCUGCUGGAGGCCAUCUACUUCUGCUUCGGCUCACUCAGCACCAUCGGCCUGGGGGACCUGCUGCCUGGUCGUGGCCGUGACCUGAAUCCAGUGCUUUACCACCUUGGCCAGAUCGCACUUCUUGGUUACUUGCUCCUGGGGCUCCUGGCCAUGCUGCUGGCAGUGGAGACGUUCUCGGAGCUGCCCCAGGUCCGUGCCUUGGUGAAGUUCUUUGGGUCCAGUGGCCCUUUGACUGCUGAGGACCAGGGUGGCAUCCUGGGUCAGGAUGAACUGGCUCUGAGCACCCUGCCCCCCUCAGCUGCAGCCCCAGAACAGGCCCCGCCUGCUGACAGGUGUUAGGUGAUGGAGUUAACUCCUUUCAGGUGAAGCCCGAGGAGGACUCUAGAGGUGAAGGGGAAGCGUGGAUGUGGGAACUUCAGAGAAUAAAAUGUUAACAAAAAAUAAAAUGGCUGCCCUAGCUGCUUUGGCUCGGUGAUAGAGCGUCAGCCUUUGGACUGAAGGGUCCCAGGUUCGAUUCCAGUCAAGGGCACAUGCCGGGUUGUGGGCCCAAUCCCCAAUGGGACGUGCAGGAGGCGGCCGAUCGAUGAGUCUCUCUCAUCAUUGAUGUUUCUAUCUCUCUCUCUCUCUCCCUCUCCUUCCUCUCUGAAAUCAAUAAAAAUAUAUUUUUAAAAAAGAGUGAGACUUUAA